AUGGAUGGACUGGUUGAAGAAGAUAUCUGCAUUUUAAAUCGUGAAAAAGCCCAUAAGAGAGAUACAGUGCCUCUAGUCUCAAUAUAUUCAGGAAGUGAGUCUGUUGCUUCACAUUUUGUCCUUGUCACUGCUCAUGAAGUCAUCAAAAAAAGAUUUAAGGAUUCAGAAAAAGAGAACUCCUUAAAGAAAAGAAUGAGAUUUUUGGAAGAAAAGCUUAUAGGAGCUCAAUUAGAUGAAGAAAGUUCUGUGGGAUGAGAACAAGUAAAUAAGGCCUAUCAUGCAUAUCAUGAGGUUUGCAUUGAUAGAGAUAAUUUGAAGAGAAAAUUAGAUAAAAUGAAUAAAGACAACUCUGGAUCUUUGAAAUUAUUGAAUGAACACCUACAAUCUAAAGAAGUAGAACUCCCCCAGCUAAAGACAGAAAUGGAAACUCAGCAGGUGAUGAAGAAUUUAAAUCCACCUUCAUCAAGCUGGGAGAUGGAAAAGUUGAGCUUUGAUUUAGAACAAGAACUGGAACUGAAGGGGAAAGAAUGUAGAGAUCUCAAAGUAGAGCUGCAAAAAGCCAAACAAACAAAUCCAUCUCAGGAAGACAAUCUGAAGAGCAGAGAUCUCCAAAGACUAAGCAUUUUAUGUGAUCAUGAAAUUUUUUGA